GAACAUAUUUAAGAAACAACAUUUUCCCUUUGUCCCCUCUCUCACUGGACUUUGAAUAAUCUACACAGCUUUUAACUUGGCAAUAGUUGAGCUUCUUCUUCAAUAGCUACACAAACAGGAUGGAGCUUGAAAUAGUGAGUAAAGAAACCAUCAAGCCUUUAUCUUCAACCCCACCAGAACUCAAGAAUCUCCCCCUCAGCCUUUUCGAUCAACAAGCCCCGAACAUGUAUAUACGCCUUCUCUAUUUCUACAAUAGCUAUAAUAUCAGCUCCAGCCAUGGCCGGCAGCUUCUGAAAGACAGCCUCUCAAAAGCCUUGACUUUUUACUACCCUUUUGCCGGCCGUCUCCAGGACGGAGGCAAUUCCAUCGACUGCAAUGACAUGGGUGCGAUCGUCUCGGAGGCAAAGCUCAGGUGUCCCAUGUCAGAAUUUAUGAACAACUUCAAUAUGGAAUGUGAGGAGAUUUUGAAGUUGACUUUUUUCGAUGAAAUCAAUGAUGGAAAUGACCAAAGAUUAAACCCUUUGUUGUGUGUUCAGUUGACUCAAUUUGAAUGUGGAGGAGAAGUUAUGUAUGUGUUGUGCUCUCACAAAAUUGCGGAUUUCGCAUCGUUGACCAACUUCAUGAAGGAUUGGGCUUUCAUUGCUCGUAGCUCCGGUGACGGUGAUCCACCGACGCUUAGUAGUCCUCCUCAGUUCAAUGGGGCAAGUUUUUUCCCGCUGGAAUUGGACGGCGGCGGCGGGGAAGAUUCGAGAACAGAGAGACAUGAUGAAAAUGUUGUUAGCUCAAAGAGAUUUGUGUUUGAGGGUUCAAAAAUUGCAGCUCUUAAAAGUAUGGUAUGUGAGAAAGUAGAGAAUCCAACUAGAGUUCAGCUUCUCACUGCCUUCAUCUACAAAGCUGCCCUUUCAGCAAAAAAUUCAGUUACAGGUGUGUUAAUUUUGGUUUGUAUCAUCUUUAAACUAUAUCAUAGCUAUGUGCCGGCAACAACUCUGCUUCAGCUCAUCAACUUACGAAACAGAGUGGAUCCGCCAUUGCCGGCGACAUUAUCUGGAAACAUAAUCUCAUCCUUCAUAGCAUCAUUGACGAUGCCGGAGCAGCAGGAAAUGGAGCUAUGGGACUUAGUGGGUGACAUGAAGAGAAACUUUGAAGAGUUCUGCAAAACGUUCCCAACAAAUUACAGAGCUGAACAAUGGGGUUUACUUUACAAAUUACAUGCCAAAGAAUCACUGGAGAAGGUGAGAAAUCCAGGGGAUUGUACACUGUAUACAUGUUCUAGCUGGUGCAAAUUUCCAGUGUAUGAUGUGGAUUUUGGAUGGGGGAAGCCUGUAUGGAUCACUGUACCGGAGUUUCCAUGGAAGAAUAUGAUUUUGUUGAUGGAUUCCAAAGAUGGUGAGGGGAUUGAAGCUAUGGUGAGCUUGGAGAAGAAGGAAAUGGAGGUGUUUCUGCAAAAUCAAGAGCUUCUCUCAUUUUGUGAACUCAAAACUCCAGCUCAUAUAAUUUAACUUGCGUGAAAGUAGAAACCGAAAUUAAGAUACGAAAAUAGUUAAUUAAAAGUCUGUACUAGGGAAUCGGAUUCCACCAAGUAUUAUGGUCGAUCAUGGAACUCUAAGAUGCAUUGCUUGCUUGUUUUUAUCCUUAGCUUGUUUGUCCAAAAGACCAAAGCACGACAUCCUAAAUCAUUAAU